UGGGGAAGUCAAUUUCACGCACAACCGUCCCGGGUUGCUGUCACCUGUUGUUCUUUGUUUCUCGUAUCCAGAAAAUCACUUAAGUUAUCAGUCCAGGAAAAUGGUGUACAAAGUGUAAUUGAGACGGCCCCCUAGCGCCAUGUCGUGCUUUUGGGAUUUAAUCGUCUGUUGAUCGACUUCGCUUUAAUCGAUCCGUUACGAGCAUGGCCACGGCGCAAUGAUGUGACCCGAGUGAACCACUGAAGCGGACUUGCGUUGCCGAUUCAUUCUGAACCGAGAGGUUCAGCCACUGCCUGCAGCCAGUUGAAAAAGAAGGGCCUAUCCCCGUGCUGUCCCUGACACCAUGGCGGGAGACGACCUCUACCUGAACAACCACCAUCAGCUUUUCGACAUGCCUGAAGCCAUGUGGGAGCUUUCUAACUACAACAACUUGCCUCCAAGCAAUACGUUGCGGACGGCAGAUGGCCCCUUCCUCCAGAUCAUGGAACAGCCCAAGCAGCGGGGGUUCAGGUUCCGCUACGGGUGUGAGGGGCCCUCACAUGGAGGGCUGCCAGGGGCCACCAGUGAGAAGAACAGGAAGUCCUUCCCCGCCGUCAAGGUGUGUAACUACCAAGGCCCCGCCCGCAUCGUGGUACAACUGGUGACGGCCAACCCCAGCCCUGCCCACCUGCACGCCCACAGCCUGGUGGGCAAACAGUGUGACAAGGGCAUCUGUAUAGCAGACCUCCCCCCCAAAGACUCUACCAUCAACUUCCCCAACCUGGGCAUCCUCCAUGUGACCAAGAAGAAUGUGCACAAGACUCUUGAGGAGCGGAUGACGGAGGCCCUGAGGAUGGGCUACAACAACGGCGUGUCCAUCCACCCCGAGAUCGACAUCAUGCUGGGGGAGGUGCGCUCCCCCCGGGAGCUAACGGAGCACCAGCGCAGUCUGAUCAGCAGCGCUGCGUCCCACCAGUCGAAGGACAUGGACCUCAGCGUGGUGCGCCUCAUGUUCACCGCCUUCCUCCCCAACAGUGACGGGGGGUUCUCCCGCCGGCUGGACCCCGUGGUCUCGGACCCCAUCUACGACAGUAAGGCCCCGAAUGCGUCCAACCUGAAGAUCGUGCGGAUGGACCGGACGGCUGGCUGCGUGAGCGGCGGGGAGGAGGUGUACCUGCUCUGUGACAAGGUCCAGAAAGAUGACAUCCUGGUCCGGUUCUACGAAGAGGAUGAGACCGGGAUGACCUGGGAGGCCAUGGGAGAUUUUUCCCCGACGGAUGUUCACAGACAGUUUGCUAUCGUGUUCAAAACGCCGAAGUACAGAGACCUGAAUCUCCAGAAGUCAACCUCCGUCUUCGUCCAGCUCAAGAGGAAGUCGGACAACGAGACCAGUGAUCCCAAACCCUUCACAUACUACCCUCUGAUCACAGACAAGGAAGAGGUGCAGAGGAAGAGACAGAAGACGUUGCCCAACUUCGGGGACUUCAAUGGAGCAGGAGGAGGAGGGGGACACGGUGUGUGGUUGAUAGUCGUCGUGGUUAAAUCACCAACCCUGGAUCGCUACACGGUAUGUUGUCUUGAGCCCCCCCUACCUGAGCAUCGUGGUUCUGCGUUGUUCGUCCCAGAAGCGUCCCAGGAGGCAGCGGCGGAGGACUGUAGCGGCAGUGACGGCGAAUCGGAACACCAGACGGGGGGGGACCCAGGCUCCGGGGCCGCGGCGGGCCCCCCAGCCCAGCAGAGGGGCCCUCGGGUCGGGGAGACGGAGGACUUGUGUCGGCCGCCCCCUGGAUCGCACGCCGCAGACAGGAUGGAGGAAGCAUCCCUAGCGUGUGUGUGUCUGUGUGUGUGCGCUCCAUCAGUGUGUGAGGUGGAUGUGUCUCUAUUGGCCUCAGCGAGCCGUCAGGUGCAGGCUCUGUACCAGUACGCUCUAACUGGGGACCCGGCAUACCUGUUGGCCCCUCAAAGACCUCUACUGACCACCCAGGACCAGGAUGGAGACACGGGUCUUCACCUGGGGGUGAUCCACAGCCAGGGGGAGGUGGUGAGAAGUCUGGCCCAGGUUCUGUCCUCCCUGCCUGGGGAGGACAUCCUCAACAAGAGGAACCACCUUUACCAGACUCCUCUGCACCUGGCCGUCAUCACCCAGCAGAAGGAGGCCAUCGAGGCCCUGCUGUUGGCCGGCGCCGACGCCACUCUGACGGAUCGCCACGGCAACACGCCCCUGCACCUGGCGUCGCAGCAAGGGGGCGGGGCCAUGGUGGCCACUCUGCUCAGACACACCGAGGUGGCCGAGCUGGUGGACCUGUCCAACCUGGCAGGCCUGUGCGCCCUCCACCUGGCGGUGUUGGGCAACAGCCUAUCAGCGGUCAGGGAUCUGCUGGGGGGCGGGGCCAGCGUGGAGACGGCCGAGAGGAGCUCCGGGAGGACUGCCCUCCACCUUGCCACCGAGCUGGACAACGUGUCCCUGGCCGGCUGCCUGCUGCUGGAGGGCAACGCAGACGUCAACGCCUGCACCUACAACGGCUCCACCCCCCUGCACGUAGCGGUGGGGCGCACCUCCGUCAAACUGACCGCCCUCCUUAUGGCCGCAGGUGCGGACCCUCACAAGGAGAACUUUGAGCCUCUGUACUACCGGGACGAAGACUGCUGUGAGGGUGAGGAAGAGGAGGAGGAGGACGAAGGCUACAUCCCAGGGACCACCCCGCUCAGCAUGGCCGCCGCGCCGCAGGUACUAGAGCUGCUGAAUGGUAAGGAGUACCGGCCGGAACCAGUCAGCCGGACCCCUCUGACCCCACAAGGGGACCUGUCUACCCUGGCCGUGGACACUAAGCGCGCGCUGUGCGCUGCACUGGAGGGGGGGGCUCCCGGGGGGGCCGGCGGCUGGGAGAGGCUGGCUCACACCCUGGGACUGGGCCUGCUGGUCAACGCCUUCAGGCUCAGCCCCCGUCCCGCACGCACCCUGCUGGACAGCUACGAGGUCUCGGGUGGGACGAUCAAGGACCUGGCGGCAGCGCUGCAAUUGGUUGAAAACCGCGUUGUGCUGGGCCUCCUGCAGGGGGCGCUGUUGGAGCUGGAGGCUUCCGGAGAGGCUGCCGAAGAGCCAGCCGAAGACGCCCAGGCCCCCCUCGCCGAUCUCAAGCUAGAAACUCAGAACGACAGCGGGGUGUGCGACAGUGGGGUCGAGCUCUCCACGCUCUGACUCCCUGAUUGGCUGGUCUCCCUUCCCCCCACCAAUCAAUCCACUGACUGUCGUCAUUUUUUUAUAUUUUUGACAUACAGCCUUUCGUUGGUGGAAAGCAUGGACAACCUGCCUACUUGCCUGUCUGUUUUCUGGACUCAUUGGAGGAGGUGGUAGAGUGUGUGAAAAUGAAAAUGCAAACCUUUUGUAUGAACAUUUCAUAAAGUCAAAGCACAUUGUGUGCUUUAAAGUCAAAGCACAAAAAAACGAUUGUGAACUGGAUGCAUUUACAUGUAUAACAAAACAGACUUUUGUAAGGAUACAUAUGAAAUAUUUUGUAUUUUUAAGGUUUUAAACCUCAAUGAGACAUCAUUGACAAUGAAUUGAAGCCAACAAACUAUCAAUAUCGGCUGCAUUUGAAUCCAACGCUGCAUUUAAGUUUUGAUUAUAAUCCAAAUCCCCUCAUGAAAUGGAGAAAGAUAGUUUUACUGGCGAGCAUGUUUCCUUGGGGUCGUAUGGAAUACAUUUUCCACUCCACGGAUGAACAGGGAACAUGGCCGAACAUGGAACAAUCACCAACUCUUUCAACACCUUCAACCUCUUGGAACAGUGAGACGAUUUGAAUUAACUCAACUUUAAUUGCCUUUCGGUGUGGAGAAUGCAGUCGCCGUGGUAACCUGUUUUCUUCCUUUUUGAUAUGAUUUUGUGUGGAGCUGUCCUGGAAUACUAUCAUUGUAAAACCUUUUGUCAUUUAUUUCGCAAAUUAAAAAUAACCAAUGUAAUUUUUAAUUUGAUUGUUCUUGUUGCCAUGUUUUAUUGA